CAAAAGUAUAAGCAAAGUUUUACAGACACAUAAUGGAGAUCUUUAACACACUGCUGUUGGCGGGCCUUGUCUUGCUGUUGGUGUUGGUGCUCAGGUGGAGGAGAAAUGCUUCUGGAGUUCGUUUGCCACCAGGGCCAUUUGCUCUUCCUCUUGUCGGCAAUUUACCUUGGAUGAACAAACACGAGCCCUUCCAAUCCUUCAUGAAGUGGAGUAGGGAAUACGGACCAGUCUUGACUGUGCAUAUGGGACCUCAGAGAGCAGUGGUUCUGGUGGGUUACGACACAGUCAAAGAGGCUCUGGUGGACCAGGCUGAUGACUUCACAAGCCGAUUCCAAAUCCCUUUGUUUCACAGAAUAGUCAGAGGUUAUGGCUUGGGCAUCAGUAAUGGAGAACGCUGGAAACAACUAAGGCGCUUCACACUCACCACACUCCGAGAUUUUGGGAUGGGACGCAAAAGGAUGGAGGCAUGGAUUCAGGAGGAGAGUAAACAUCUACUGGACAGCAUGAGUGAAAACAAAGCUGCUCCCUUUGAUCCCAUGGUCUUCCUAAGCCGAGCUGUGUCCAAUGUCAUCUGUGCUCUGGUGUUCGGUCAGCGUUUCAGUUACGAUAACCAUCAUUUCCUGGACCUGCUCCAAAUCAUUUCUGAAGUAUUACGCGUUGGAAGCACCCCCAGUGGACAGUUGUACAAUAUCUUCCCUCGACUGAUGGAAAUGCUGCCAGGGGGGCACCAAACCACCUUCAAAAACACGGAGAGACUACGCAGCUUCAUUAUGGAGAGGAUAGAAGAACACAAGGAAAACCUGAAUCCUGAAGACCCACGAGAUUUCAUCGACUGUUUCCUCAUCAGACUCAACCAGGAAAAGGACAAUUCAAAUACAGAGUUUCACUAUGAUAACUUGGUGGCCACCUGCCUCAACCUGUUCCUGGCUGGGACCGAGACCACUAGCACCACUAUCAGAUAUGCCCUAAUGCUACUUAUCAAAUACCCACACAUCCAAGAGCGCAUGCAGAAGGAGAUUGACACUGUGAUUGGGCAAGCACGUAGUCCCUUAAUGGAAGACAGGAAGUCCCUCCCCUUCACUAACGCAGUGCUCCAUGAAGUGCAGCGUUACAUAGAUUUAGUGCCUCUCAAUGUUCCCCAUUAUGCCACUCACAACAUCUCCUUCAGGGGCUAUACUAUUCCCAAGGACACUGUGAUCAUUCCCAUGCUUCACUCUGUGCUGAGGGAUGAGAACCACUGGCAAAAACCAUGGAGUUUUAACCCUGAACACUUUUUGGACAAGAAUGGAAACUUUAAAAAGGACCCUGCUUUCCUCCCUUUCUCUGCAGGUAAACGAUCAUGCGUCGGUGAGUCUCUGGCUCGUAUGGAGUUCUUUCUUUUCAUGGUGUCUCUGCUACAACACUUUACCUUCACUUGUCCCGGGGGUCCUGAGAGUUUAGACGCCAGUCCCGCGGUCAGCAGCUUUGCCAAAUUGCCCCGCAGAUAUGAGCUCAUCGCCACCCCCCGCUGAUCAACUGUGGUUCUGCCAGCUAAAUCCAUGGAUUAACCACACAGCAAUUACUCAUGAUUUAAACAGACACGGCUGACGUUUAUUGAUGGAAUACACUGAUUUCUGUUAAAACUGAAACAAUAAACCUAAUAUACUAAGCAGACUAACAAAGUUGUUUUAGGAUGUAACAGUUUUCUGUUAAAAUGGAAAUUUUCGCAGUUGUAGUAUUUAUGGGCAGGAGCAACCUCUUUCCAAUUAGAGGGCUGCUGGUUGUAGAUUAGUGAAUUCUCAGGGUUAGCACUAGGAAAAAAAGAGACCACUCAUCCACUGAAAACAUUUAAUGACAGUUCUAACAUGAGUGUUGUUUUGGAAAAGUCUUGUGAAAGAUCAAUCAGUCUGAAUUAUGUCAAAGUUUCAGUACCUAAUAAUACCAUUCAGCACAAUCAUCAACAAGUCCAUCAUGAUCUAAAAGACGUAAGUGUCUUGACAGCCAGGGAGCAAGUUCCUCUUAAGUGGUAAACAGGCCCAUCCUUCACAUUAAAAGUGAGAUGGAUUUAUUUUAUGGCUAUAAUGCAAUAAUCAGACACGUUGCUGUUGGGAUAUAUUUUUUAAAGGACACCAAUAUUGUGACUCACUGUUAAUUGCUGGUAAUCAGAGAAGACUGAAUGGGAUGCACUGUUAACUGUGAGUUUGGGGUGUGAUUUAACUCCACUUAACUCCACUGUUUCUGCGAUUUCGUAGUUUUUAACAUGUCUUGGGUUUAAAAUCGAUGGCAGUGUUUUUAUCAUAGGGUGUCCGUGAGGCAAUGACUGCUAAAAAGGGGGUUGGUAUAUCCCACAAGUUGGGAACUCCUGCUUUAAACUGUAUACUGUUAACUCUUUGAUCUUAGACAUACUCAUACAUCAUUCAUGAAAGUAAUCAAAUAGAGUCAAAUGUUGUUUUUCACUUCCUGUCUUGGCCUUUGUUUACUGCCUGUCAAUAAAUUCCCUGAUGUUGCACAUGCA